AUGUCAGGGCUUGACAAGGCUCUCUUCAAUCUAAAGUUCACGUCGAAACAGCUCAAUAGACAAGCCGCAAAAGCCGAUAAAGACGCUCGAGCCGAACAAGCUAAACUGAAGAAGGCUCUUACCCAGACUCCUCCCCAACCACAAAUUGCCCGCCUCUAUGCCACAUCGUCAAUUCGCAACUCGAAACAGAGGGUUGACCUUCUCACACUCGCCGCACGAAUCGAUGCCGUUGCAGCACGGGUCCAGACAGCCAUCACUAUGCGAACCGUCACACAGUCAAUGGCGCAGACAGUCAAGGGGAUGGAUGUGGCGCUGAAGAGCAUGGACUUGGAAAAGAUAGGUGCGGUGAUGGAGAAGUUUGAGUCACAAUUUGAGGAUCUGGAUGUCGUAGGUGGCUAUUACGAGGGUGUGGCGGGUGGCGUAGAAAGCCAACAGGUGGGUGUGGAAGGCCAUGGCGAGGUAGAUGCUCUGAUGAGUCGUGUCGCGGACGAAGCUGGUGUAGAGUUAAGUCAAGGCUUGGAGCAGGGUCAGGUACCGAAUGAAGAACUUAGCAACAAAGAAGGAAAGCAAAAAGAGCAAGCAGCACUCGAAGAAGGAUUAGGCGAUCGGCUGAGGGCAUUGAGGAAUUGA